AUGAACUCCGAGGAAGAAGAUGCCGUUGCUCUUGUUUUAAUAAAAAGAAAUAGAAAACAUCAAAAAAGAAAACAUCGGUUUUGGGUACAUCCAUUACUUCAACCAAGGGUUCAGACUGGUCAGUUUUAUACACUCUACAAUGACUUGAUACAGGAUGAAAACAAAUUUUUUUGUUAUUUUCGUAAGUCUCGACAGUCCUUCAAUGAGUUAUUGAAUCUAAUUAUAAAUGAUAUAAGUGGUGAGGAUACGAAUAUGCGACGAUGUAUUCCAGCGAUUGAGAGACUAGCUGUUACAUUACGUUGA